UCACUCAAAUGUCUCGAUGCGGAUAGUGGACACGUCUCACCGAAUAGCGUAUAAUAAAACAAUUUAAAAUCUGUGUAUUUCGUCAUUUUUGUAUUGGAUUAUUCAUUUUCUUCAUAAUAUACUAUAAAGUAUCAUUAGUACAGAGAAGGAAACCCUAAAAUAAAGAAUCAUGGGGGGAGUAGAACAACCCUGUUAUACUUUGAUUAAUUUUCCAACCGAUUCGGAGCCUUACAAUGAGAUGCAGCUUAAAAUUGACCUUGAAAAGGGAGAUAUUAAAAAGAAAAUAGAAGCUCUGAAAAAGACAAUUGGAAUUAUUCUAUCUGGAGAAAAGAUACCUGGCCUUUUGAUGAUAAUCAUCAGGUUUGUCCUGCCGCUACAGGAUCAUACCAUCAAGAAACUAUUGUUGAUCUUCUGGGAGAUUGUCCCGAAGACCACACCUGAUGGCAAGCUGAUGCAAGAGAUGAUUCUUGUCUGUGAUGCUUAUAGAAAGGACUUGCAACACCCCAACGAGUUCUUGCGUGGAUCCACCCUGCGUUUCCUCUGCAAGCUGAAGGAGCCUGAGCUCCUGGAGCCCCUGAUGCCAGCGAUCAGGACAUGCCUGGAACACAGACAUUCUUACGUGAGGAGGAAUGCUGUUCUUGCGAUUUUCACUAUUUACAGAAACUUUGAAUUCCUCAUUCCUGACGCUCCGGAGCUGAUAGCGAACUUCCUGGAAACGGAGCAGGAUAUGUCGUGCAAGCGUAACGCCUUCCUCAUGCUGCUGCAUGCUGACCAGGAGCGAGCGCUCUCUUACCUGUCGUCCAGAUUGGACAGUGUGCAUGGGUUCGGAGAUAUUCUGCAAUUGGUGAUUGUGGAGCUGAUCUACAAGGUGUGCCACGCGAACCCGGGCGAGCGGUCGCGGUUCAUCCGCACGGUGUACGGGCUGCUGAACGCGCCGAGCGCCGCCGUGCGCUACGAGGCGGCCGGCACGCUCAUCACGCUGUCCAACGCGCCCGCUGCGCUCAAGGCAGCAGCGGCGUGCUACAUUGAUUUGAUUGUAAAGGAGAGCGACAACAACGUGAAGCUGAUAGUGGUGGGCAAGCUGAGUGCUCUCCGUGCGGAGGGCGGGGAGGGUGCUGCUAGAGCACUGCCGGACCUCGCUAUGGACGUGCUGAGAGUGCUUGCCGCUUCGGAUUUAGAUGUGCGCAGGCACACCUUGCAACUUGCGUUGGAGUUGGCGACGCCGCGUCACGCGGAGGAGCUGGUGGGCGUGCUGCGCAAGGAGGCUGCGCGCGCGCACAGCGCGGACCACGACGACGCGCACAAGUACCGCCAGCUGCUCGUGCGCGCGCUGCACCGCGCCGCCACCAAGUUCCCCGAGGUGGCGGGCAGCGUGGCCCCGGCGAUGGUGGAGAUGCUGGGCGACGGCAGCGAGGCGGCCGCGCACGACGUCAUGCUGUUCCUGCGCCACGCGCUGCACUCCUUCCCCGACCUCGCCUCGCAGGUCUACUCGAAACUUCUAGAAUGCGUGAGCAACAUUCGCGUCGGUAAGAUCGCUCGCUCAGCGCUGUGGUUGUUGGCGGAAUUCGCCGACACAGAAGAAAGGGCUUUAGCCGCACUUGAGAUUCUUGAUAACGUCAUACCAGCGGCUAAAAAUGCUGAUGCAAAGGAGGAGGAACCAGAGAAAGCAAGCAAACAACCGGAGGCACCGGCUCGUCAAUUAGUUACAAGUGACGGAGCGUAUGCCACACAAUCUGCUUUCAACUUGCCGCAGGCGUCAACAACCGACACAAAAGAGGGUCUAUCUACCGCAAUCCGCGCAGGCGACAGUUUCACAGCAGCCUGCGCCUGCUCCGCGCUGUGCAAGCUGGCGCUGCGCUUGCCGCCCGCGAGACGUGCGCACGCGCUGCGGCUGGCCGCGCAGCUGCUGGCGUACCACAAGCUCGAGGGUGCGAACGGUCUAACAGCGGACGACAUCGAGCACGCAGCGGUGUGCAUACGCGCGGGCGCUGAACGACCGCCCACCAUCACCGGAGCGUUGUUGACUUCGUCUCGACAAGCACUAGCUGCAUUACUGGCUCUGCCUGACCGUGCGCAGCCUGAAUUGUUGCCUGAGGUUGAGGCGGAUCGUGCGUUGACAGUAGAGAAGCGCGUGGAAGUGGAGCGCGGUAUAGCGUUCGGUGCGCUCGCCGGGGCCGCCACCGCGCACCAACACGACAUGUUCGAGCUCUCGCUCAACAGGGCUGUGCAGGGCCGUCCAUCAGCAAGCAGCACGUCGGGCGGCAAGUUGUCCCGCGUGCGGCAGCUGACGGGUUUCUCAGACCCGGUGUACGCGGAGGCGAUAGUGGCGGUCAACCAGUACGAUAUCGUGCUUGACGUGCUCGUUGUUAAUCAGACUGAGGACACGCUGCAGAACUGCACGGUGGAGCUGGCGACGCUGGGCGAGCUGCGGCUGGUGGAGCGGCCGGCGCCGCUGGUGCUGGCGCCGCGGGACUUCGCCACCAUCCGCGCGCACGUCAAGGUCGCCUCCACUGAGAACGGCAUCAUCUUCGGCAACAUCGUGUACGAGGUGUCGGGCGCGUCGCUGGACCGCGGCGUGGUGGUGCUGAACGACAUCCACAUCGACAUCGUGGACUACAUCCAGCCCCACGCCUGCUCCGAUGCAGACUUCCGCACCAUGUGGGCGGAGUUCGAGUGGGAGAACAAGGUGUCAGUAAAUACCAGUAUUACGGACUUGCGUGAAUAUUUGGACCAUCUGCUCGCAUCCACGAACAUGAAGUGUCUCACGCCAGAUAAGGCUCUAUCCGGGCAAUGCGGGUUCAUGGCGGCGAAUCUAUACGCCCGUUCCAUCUUCGGCGAAGAUGCUCUCGCCAACCUGUCCAUAGAGAGCGCUCUGCACCGCCCUAACGCGCCUGUUGUUGGACAUGUCAGGAUACGGGCUAAGAGCCAGGGCAUGGCACUCAGUCUCGGAGACAAGAUCAAUCUGAUGCAGAAAGCGCCGACACACAAACAGACGGAAAAUGCGAUUCCCGCUGCGUAAAUAUAUAUAAAUUAGGAUGUAGGUUAGAUUUAAUAUUAUAUCCUCGUAUGGCAAGGAGUGUACUUUAAAAUUUAUUAUAGCCAAUAACAUUUAUAAAAAAGUAUUGUCACCAAUAGGACUUCAGAAUAAUGUUCUUUUAAUUUUGUUAUAACUAUUCUUAUUAUAAUAUAUUUUAUGUCGUGCAUUUAAAUCAUAAAUUAUUCAGUGUAUACUUCCUUUGUCAGACAUACUAUUAUGUUGAUUGAUUUAUAUUGAUAUUUUAUUAAUAAAAUUACUUAUUCGAUAUGUA